AUGUCAAGUCGACAAGUGCGCAAGCUUCAGAAGCUGCGCGACGGUGGCUCAUUCGAAGAAGAGGAAGAGGAGGAGCACAGCGAAGUUGAAGCGGUUACCAAGGCUUCCUCCGCCUUUGGGGCUUUCGUGGACUCGGACACGGAGUCGCAGGAGGAAGCAGAGGUUUCUCCCGCACCCGCCUCGGCCGCGGUCGCGAAAAGCGCGGACGAGGCGCAGGCUCGCAAGACUCGGCGGUCCCGAAAGGGCCGAAAGGGACGUCAGGUCGAGAGCCAAGGAGAGGAGGCCGAGCCUACUCAAGACGAGAGCCGGGAGGCGCAGGUUCCGGCUGAAACCGCCGAGACCGCCGAGACCGAGACCGGCGCUUUGAGCCUGUGCCGCCAUGACUUCUCGGCCGAGACGGAGCGGCAGCGCGUCUUCGGAAGCGGCGGGUGCUCUGUUGGCCAAAGCGGCCCAGGCCGGAGGGCUCCGAGGCCGCGAGGUCACGUGGAAGGCCGCACGCUGCAUCACCGGCGACUGUUCCUCGUGUCCUUGAACCCUAACGAACCCUGGGCCAAGCCGGAGAACUCUACUCGCAUGGUGGCAAAGGUCGACCAAGACGGGGCGGCCGUCUUUGACUUCGAAGAAACGCCUGCGUCCUCCCGGGACUUAAAGGCUCUGCGACAGAUCGUUGGCCAGGAAGACCCCCAGUUGCUGCAGCAGUAUUUACAGCGUAACUCCUUCUCUCUGGAUGGCCUGCUCGUCAUGGCAGAGUUCCACAGACACCAGGGAUCGCCCGAACAAGCUCGGGAGUUCGUGCGACGUGCUGUGUACACCUUGGAGUGCUCCCUGUCCCCGGAUUUCUCCCCCUUCCAGACGACGGGCGUGGGGCCUCAAGCUCUUCGACCGCGCGUUCGCCUCGAUGUGAAGAACGAGUCCGAGUGGUCGGGCUGGAGUUGGCUGAAUGCACUUUGGCGUCACAUGCACUGCCUGAGAGGCCUCGGGAUGCACCGGACGUCUUUGGAAGUUUGCAAGCUGCUGCUGGCGUGCACCUUGCCGAGGGACCCCACGCGCGGGCUUCUCUUCGCCGACUUCUUGUGCCUGCGCUCCCGCAGCUUCCAGGUCGUUGAAAGCUUUGCCACGCUGCCUGCUCGGUAUGGCCUGGCACCAUCACAGACACCACAGACACCAUACACGGCAGAACUGGGCUUUGCUUUUCCAAACAUCGCCUAUUCCCUCGCUCUCUGCACGCAGCUCGCUCGUGGCCAGGGCAGCACCCCAGAUCUGGGAGCUCUCAGCAACCUCCCCUUGGAUCCCAUUCUCUCUGGGGUGGAUGACGACGACUGGGACCAGGCGUUGCGCGCGCACGCUCGGCUGAUGCGUGCGUUGCUGUUCUUUCCUGGCUGCCUGCGACCCCUCCUUGAGGAGUGCGGUGUCAACUUGCAGUCCAAGCCAAGUGGUUCAGAAUCCUGGUUGGACCUCCUUGCCGCUCCCCCCUUCUCCAACUCUAUGGAGUUUUGUCACAGCCAGCAUGCGUCAGCACACGGCCGUCUGUGUGUCGCCUAUGCAAAGCUCUGCGGGCCUUUGUGGAAGGAUGCUGUAAAAUGGCUGCACGCCUGCUGCGCCCGAUGGGCGCGCCUUCAUUGCAGCGAAGUCUUUGUCAACGACAUCGAAGCAGCACGCAGGAGCUGGGCAAGCAGCCGCCUGGCCUUGUGCGAGGCUCUUGAGGACUACAAAGACUUGUUGAGUGAUGAAUGCGCCGAGAAUCCCGCCCCGGCUCCCAUCCUCGAGCGCGCCAUGACCGCAAGGCUGCAUCCUCCAAGGGAUCAGAAUCAUCUCUUUGCUGGAGCUGGAGGGGCAGGUGCACACUCGGUUGAACCAAACAUGUCCUUACACACUCCUGCAGCCAUACUGUUCUUUCAGUCGCUGCUGCCAUGGAGUGAGCUGGACCAGACCGGUGUCCAGGUUUCGCCGCUCUUUUGGCGAGAUGUUUUUUCGGGAGCUCUUGCAGUUGCCAAGGGCACUGGGCUUUUUGGGCUUGGUGCCGUGGCAGAUCUUGGGCGGGCAAUGGCAUCACUGUGGAAGCUGGCUGCAGACGUGGCCAAAGAAGUCGAGGCCUCGCAGGUCCAAGGGCGGCCGGCGAGGCGGCCGAGAAAGCGACUCCCGAUGCACACGAGGAGCAGCGAGAAGGACCUCACAGUUUGGGAGGAUUCCCCUGCUCCCGUCUACAACCCGUCUCAGGGUAUGCUCGUUCUACAGCAGGAGCAGUGGCAUGAAAGGUUGACUCACGACCGUGUACUGGACUGGAGUGCCAGGCUUCGGGCUCAGAAGGCGAAGUUACAAGCGCUGGCUGUGCCCCCGGAGGAACCUGCUCCUGCGGUGAAGCUUCCGUUACCGGUGGUGCAGGAGGUGUUCGACUCUCUCGUAGAGGACCCUCAGGACGAGAUACAGGCCCGUUUGGAGGCGAAAAGGCAGGAGUCGUUGGCCCUUCAGUUGGAGCUCAUCUUGGCGAACCCGCCUUUGCUGCUGCAGAAGGCCAUGAAGACCGCAGGCCCGGUGAAGAUACGUAUUGCCAAGGUGGAAGCAUCCGGACCUGAAGAUGGCUCCUACAUCGUAUACUUCGAGGGCUGUGACUCCGCAGCCGCGCGAGUCGAGCGACGUCUGAAGCGAGCAGCUCCGGUGCUGGCGUCUGCGCUGGCGCGGCGGCUGCUUCUCGGGUACGUGCGAGAUCUGACUUUUGUCCCAGUCGCCUAUUCUUCGGAGAGUCAAGAUGCGCCUUCCGGCACGCUCUGGCGAUCCAGACGACGAGUGAGGAAGCAGCAGGUCGUUAGCGCUGCACAGUAA